AAUUCAUAAACAAAAAACAUUAAAAUUGUAAUUCGUAAAAAAACAUAAAUUUUAAAAUUGUGAUUCACAAAUAAUUCAAUAUAUAGUACAUUACAAGUUACAUAUAUCAUAAUUCAUAACCCUAAAUUAUAUUUUAGUAUUAAUUAUCGAUGAGUUUUUGCGUUUUAAAUAAUUUGGCUGUGAAUAAUUGGAAAAUAGCUAAGCCUCAAAAUAUGGGCUUGUUCAAUAAUAAUAUUUUUUUAUUUUUUUAUUUUCAAAAUCAUAUGAUAUUUCUGAGAAAUAAGCUGAUAUAUUUUUAGACGUGUAAGUAGUAUUUAGACAACACUUGUACUAUAUGAGAUUACUUAUAUGCUAUUGAUGCUAUUAGUAAUAAGUUGAAAGUCAAAAGUCUCUUUCUGCAUAGAAAAAUACUGUAUAUUUAUAGUUGUUAGGUUAUAUUCUUUAGCCGGAUAUUUUGAGAUCAACUGACUAUCAAAGGUGCUCAUCUAAGUAAGAUGUUUGACUAUUUGUGAGUCCUUUUAAGUGUCAAUCUUAGAGUAUGAAGCCUUUGUGCACCUUGAGUAGAUUUGGUCGACUUGUUUUAUUAGACCACGCACCUACAAGUUCAAACGCAACCGUUACAAUUUGCUUCUUAGACCCUUGAAUAUAUAUCCAAUCGAGACUUUUCUCUUCUUCAAGGGGUCUUCUAAGGAUGGCAAUCAUGUAAAUUGUCUCUUGAUUUUCAUCACUUGUGGCUAGAGGAAGUUUUCUCCUCGGUAGAACCGUAGAAAUGUCCCAUAGUUAGUAGUGAGUACGCUUUCAUUCAAAUAUUCUUUCAAAUCUAUUUUUAUAUUAUUAUCUUAUACUUUUUCCGUUAUAUUAUACUUGUUAUAUUUGAUUUUUUACGCAAUCCAAUAUAUUAUUUUUAUCAUUAUAUUGAAUUAUACACAUUUUAAAAAAUUAUAAAAACUUAAUAUUAUGAAAGUGUACGAUUAGAGGAUUCAAACAAUUCUUACCCAUUAGCCGUAAUAUAUAAAAUAAAUUUGAACGAUAAAUAGUGUCAAAAAUAAAUUUGUACGAUAAACAGUGUUAAAAACUGUAAGUAUUUAAGAAGGGAGGAAGUAUGUAACUCAAUUUAAGAUAGUAAGACGUUUUAGGGUCGGAGAGAAGAUAAGGGGAUUCUACCCAAGUGUUUGUGUAGUAUUUACUCCAAUAUAACUACUUGCAACUUUUUUUAUAGAAGAGAUAUACUUUCAUAAUUCUAGGUGUUGUGUACAAGAGGUUUUCAAUGCUAACCGAUACAACUAGGAUCCUACAAUUUAAUAAUACCCUUGAUUAAUUCCAAUUAGAUCCCUAAUCCUGAUAACUAGAACUACAUCUACUUAUUUUUCAACCAAAAGCAUAUGUUAGUGGUUAAAGCUCGAAAUCACAUUAUAGAGUUUUUUUUCUCUUGCCCCUCCUAAAAAUAUAUACACAACACAAGUCAUUCUGUGACAUGGAUUUCUGAUACCAUAUAAAUACAAUAUAAUACUUGUUUGGAAAAAAAAUAUAUCAUUUAAGCUAUACGGCAUAUUACUUAACAAUAUUCAAAAAUUUUCAAAUGAGAUGGUCAUAUAGUGAAAUCAUUUCUAGAGGGCCAACCCAAUGUACACUCAAUAUAUUAAGGUAAUCACUAUAACUUUAAAGUGAUCAUUUACAGUUUUAGAGUGAUCACUCUUUAUAAUCAUAGAGUGAUCAAUUAUAACGUUAAACUAAUCACUUACAAUAUUAAAAUGGUCAAUUAGAGAAAUGAAGAAUGUAUAUAGACUUAUCUCAUGUUGAAAUAGUCUCAUACAACGCUUAUUGUUUGUAUUAGCUUUCCUUGAGAUAUUUUUAAGAAAAAAGAUGAGUAAAAUAUAUAUUAAUUAAAAAUAAAAAGAUACCAAGUACCAACAAUUGGUAGGGAAAAAAGAGAGGACAAUGUUGCAAUUGCAAGAAAAGCCGCGAAAUGAUGAUUAUACCAGCAACGACCAACCACCUUACUCUAACUUCAACAUCAUAACAGAAAUCCUGUUUUAGCUUCAAUUACAAGAGACUAAAACCUCUCAACCUUCUUAGUUCUUUAGCUUAUACAUCUUUAUCUUCAUCCAUCUUCAUUUCCUUUGUAAUCAUAUUGCCUAAUUUCUCGUAAACAUAACUUGGGACUUAAUUUUCUAUCACCAACCAUCAAAACAUGACUAAUUCGAGAUCUCGAAAUCUUGUAUCGACGAUUCCAAUUUUAUGGGUUUUAUUUGUAGUUACAAUAAUUCUAUUAGGGCAAAAGAAUGGCGUUCGAGUUUGUGGAGAAGAUAAGGGUGUUAGCGACCCGAAUGGAGGUGUUGAGGAAGGAAGAUCACAGUUUUGCAGCCUGGAUUUAGCAAGUUUUCUUCCCCCUCCUUAUGGGAACUUGUCUUAUAGCACUUGUCAUCCUGUUUGGGAAACUUUUGUUUUGAGGUAUUACCAGAGCAAAGAUCAUACAGUAACAAUCGUAUUAUCAGCACUAUACACAACAGGAUGGGUGGGCAUAGGCUUCUCGAAAGACGGGUUAAUGGUGGGCGGAAGCGCCAUGGUAGGGUGGAUAAGCAAAUCCGGUCAUGCAAAAAUCAAACAGUAUUACCUGAAAGGCCGCAAAUCUCACGAGGUUAUUCCCGAACAAGGGGAUCUUAAUCUAACAAACAUCCCCCCUGUUGUGGUACUUGAUGGGGCUAACCUUUACUUGGGUUUUCAGCUUCAGUUUAGUGCUCCUCUGCAACAGCAGCCCACUCUGCUAGCUUAUGGAAGCAAGAUUCCUCUCAAUCACAAACUCACUGUGCAUGACGAUAAAACCACUAUACAUAUCGAUUAUUUGAGAGGUUCGGCUGCAGUAAGUGAAACAGGAAGUUUUGAUAAGAUGAAAAGAAGCCAUGGACUGUUGGGUAUAUUUGGGUGGGGACUUAUUCUUCCUUGUGGGGCACUAAUUGCCAGAUUUCUGAAGCAUAAAGAACCUCUGUGGUAUUAUAUGCACACAGCUAUUCAGUUUGUAGGGUUUAUAAUCAUACUGGCAGGAGUAGUGGUUGGUCAAGCACUUUAUAAUCAUGUACAUGCAGAUGUUGCUGCUCACAGAGGCAUUGGAUAUUUUGCUCUCAGUCUCAGCAUUGUUCAGGUAAUGGCAUUCUUUGUAAGGCCGGGUAAGGAGUCGAAGAUACGCAGGCUUUGGGCAGCAUACCAUCGUUGGUUCGGAGUGAUUACGCUCUUCUUUGGAGCACUAAAUAUCAUGCUCGGAAUGCAAGUAGGGGGUGUUGAUUCUUCAUGGAAGAUAGGAUAUGGAUUUAUACUAGGUAGCGUUAUUGUUACAACAGUUAUUCUACAAGUUUUGUCUAUGCUAAGAAGUUCAGAGAAGCCAACUCAACCUUCUACUUACCAAAUGAGUUAACAUUCAUAAGAAUUUCUGCUAUGAGUAAUGAGAUAAUUCAUUUGUAUUAGAACUUCUAUGUAGCUAAUCACAAUUUUGAAAUUUUCAGCUAUUCUACUCAGUGAGAGGAUUGAUGGGUAGUCCAAAAAGGGGAGGGGGAGGGUGCAAAAUGUAAAUAUAUUUUUUCCUAUUGUGUGUGAAUUGUGAAAAAUGAAAAAUGACAAAAGAUUGACAAACUCCUGUAAUCUCAAGGGUUUUUUUCCAAAAUACCUCUAAUUAGUAAUCAAAAUCCCAUAAA